CGACUCGAUUCUUGCUGCAAAUGAUGGGACUUAGGGUUCUUAGAGAGAAGAAGAAGCUUUCUCUGUUACUAUCCACUCCUACACCUCUGAAUUCACUUUCCUCUGCUUUUGCUGUUUUCUCUCAUGUUCUGCUUCUGAUUUUUAGCGGGAAACUUCUUCUCAUGUCCUUUUGAAUCAAGGUUGCAAGUUCUCACAUGCCUCCUGCAUCAAUUUAAUUUGUGCAUAAGCUGUCUCAAUUAUCAGUUCAAGCAUGGACUCUACAUCUGCCCAGUUUGUCACCUCAAGAAGGAUACCUAUGUAUGAGCCCAUACACCAGAUUAGCAUGUGGGAAGAAAAUUAUAGGAGUAAUGGCAAUUUAAAUACAUCGGCAUCAAUGAUUGUAGAGGUGGAUGACAAACUAGACAAUCAGUCGGAGGAUGCAUCACAGGCAACACUGGCAGUGGCACCUUCUAACAAGUAUGAUCAAGAAGCAUCUAAGCCUACUGAUAAGAUACAGAGGCGUCUUGCACAAAAUCGUGAGGCAGCACGUAAAAGCCGUCUGCGGAAAAAGGCAUAUGUUCAACAAUUGGAAAAUAGUCGUUUAAAGCUGAUUCAAUUGGAGCAAGAGCUUGAGCGGGCUAGGCAGCAGGGUUUGUAUGUAGGGGGUGGACUAGAAGGUGGUCCUCUAGGAGGGUUCUCUGGAGCUGUUAAUGCAGGCAUUACUGCAUUUGAGAUGGAAUAUGGACAUUGGGUGGAAGAACAAAAUAGACAAAUAAGUGAGUUGAAGGCUGCUUUGAGUCAUCAUAUAAGUGAUGUAGAGCUCCGCAUACUUGUGGAAAAUGGAAUGAGCCACUAUUAUGAUCUUUUCCGCAUGAAAUCAACUGCUGCAAGAGCUGAUGUUUUCUAUGUCAUGUCUGGCAUCUGGAAAACAUCAGCUGAACGUUUUUUCUUGUGGAUAGGAGGAUUUCGCCCUUCAGAGCUUCUUAAGGUACUUGGGCCUCAACUUGAACCCCUGACAGAGUCACAAGUUAUGGAUGUUUGUAACCUUAGGCAAUCAUGUCAGCAAGCAGAAGAUGCCCUUUCGCAAGGUAUGGAGAGGCUCCAGCAAACUCUGGCAGAGACUGUAGUAGCUGGUCAACUUGGUGAAGGAAGUUACACUCCUCAGCCAGGUACUGCAUUGGAGAAGUUGGAUGCUCUAGUCAGCUUUGUGAACCAGGCUGAUCAUCUACGCCAGGAAACCCUGCAGCAGAUGACUCGCAUCCUGACAACCCGUCAGGCAGCUCGAGGCUUGCUUGCCAUGGGAGAGUACUUCCUACGUCUUCGAGCUUUGAGCACACUUUGGGUUUCUCGUCCUCGUGAGCCUGCCUAACCUUAGUAUAGAAAAAUCUAAUGUAGGGUUGGCAAAAAUUCACAUCCAGAACUGUUUUCUAUAGCCCAAAAGUGGCUGUUGGUUAUUGUUGUUAUAGACAAAAUUAGCUGCAACUCACGCUGCUGGCAUUUUUCAGGCAGCUACUAGAACUGAGACCAGAGAUAUGUUAUGUAUAGUCAUUUUGCCAGAGAAACUCUGCAACUAUAUCAGUUUUAGAUGCUCUAUUGUACAUUGCAUUGGUCUUGGAAGGAUAUAUUUAGGUUUUACAGUUUGAGAUCCAUACCUGUUGAAACUGUGUGUAAAUUUCCAUAGGAUGUUCUUUCUGUAUUCUAAAAACGAUUAGUACCAAACUAGAAGUUCUGGUGUGGGAACAUCCAUCAAUAUAUCUUAAUCAAAGCUUCACUUAGUC